AUGGGUGAACUAGAAAUGGGUAGAGGAUUGAAUCAAGAACUUGGUUUUAUUAAAGCCGGUGAUACUCAUUGGGGAUCUCACUACAAGUCAUUUGGAAAAUUCAUUAGUAGUUUUGGCUCUAUUGUUGAUGUGAUUGAUACUCUUGUUGUAAAUACAAGUACUUUGGAAGAAAGAGAAAGCGCAUCAGGAUUUCUCAGAAGUUGUCAAACUUUUGAGACUGUUUUCUUAUUGCAUUUGAUGACUGAUUCUUUAGGAGUCACAUAUCAUCUUAUUGUGUCAUUACAGAAAAAGGAGCAAGAUAUUUCAAAUGUCAUGAUUCUUGUAAAGGUAGCAAAAAGAAGGUUGCAAGCUUUAUGA